GGGGGCUAUGAGGUGCUGCUGGGGGCUGUGGGGUGCAAAUGAGGGAUGCAAUGGAGACCAUCCGAAGGCUGAGCUGAGUGUGAGGUGAAACCAUGCUGAUGUGCAAUGCUUUGUGUAUCCAUACAGACAAAAUGAGGAGGAAGAGAGGAGUCACCGGGGGAUGUCCCAAUCUUGAAUAUGGGAAUAAUGAGAGGAAGGGAGGGAGGAUAGCGCAAUGGGGAUUGUGACACACACAGUGGAAGUGAGCCCUGGAGCCCUCUCUGGGUGACACUGAGUUGAGCAACACAGAAGUAUCCCAUGGCCGGGGCACAAAACCCAUACUACCAGAAGUAGGGAGGAGGAAUGGGGGAAGGAGCACUGGAGGGCAUGGAAAAGGGCAGUUUUGCUGCAGGUACAUCAUUGUCAGAGGGCGGCUGGGAUGCUGGCUUUGGCCCAAGGGCCAAAGGAACCAGUGGGUCUGGGUGAGAGUGCACGGAUGAGGCAGUGGGGCUGCAACCCCUCCAGAUAAGAGGUGUUGGUGAAAAGCCAUUGCAGUGCGUAAUGGUGCAGCAGGAUGCGUAUCAGCAGUGACUCCUCAGGAGACCCAGGGUCUCUGGUGUUGACUCACCCCUUCUCUCCACCCUCACCUGCUGUGCCUGCCUGCCAGCCCUACAAGCCUCUGUAUGGGACAGCUCCUUCCCUGGACCAGCCCCGAACGCCCACACACCAGUCUGCUGAUCCACCGGCUUCACCUGCCCUGCUCUCGGCAUCCCUACUCUCCACCCCAGCUCUGGGAACGCAGGCUGAGCUCCCCAGCAUCCCCACACCCCAAGUGGCACAAUGGACGUGGCCCUUCUCCAUGGGCUGCUGCUCCUCCUCAUCCUCCCCGUGCUGCUUUACUGGCACAGUGCCACCUUUCACUACUUCUGCAAAGUCACCUUCUUCAACAUCUGGGUCUUGACCAUGGCGACUCUCCUCUCCCCUUUCGCGGCGAUUCGGGGACGCUGCGUGGAGAACAUGAAGCUCCUCUGUGCUGCGAUCCGGCCCCUCAAGCACUUGUAUGGCAUCAAGAUAAAGGUGCUGGGUGCUGAGCACCUGAAUCUCAAGGAGCCCUAUGUGAUAGUUUGCAACCACCAAGCUUCCCUUGACCUCAUGGGCAUGGUGGAGGUCAUCCCCAAGCGCUGCGUGCCCAUCGCCAAGAAGGAGCUCCUGUACAUGGGCACUGUGGGCUGGGCCUGCUGGCUCAGUGGCAUGAUCUUCAUCGACCGCCAAAGGACAGGAGAUGCCAUCGAUGUCAUCUCCCAGACGGCCAAGACUAUACAGCGUGAAAACCUCCAAGUGUGGAUUUUCCCAGAAGGCACCAGGAACCAGAGCAGAUCCAUGCUGCCCUUCAAGCGCGGGGCGUUCCACCUGGCUGUGCAGGCUCAGGUUCCCAUUUUCCCCAUUGUGAUUUCUCCAUACUGGGACUUCUUCAGCUCCAAGGAGAAGAAAUUCACCUCUGGGAUGUUCACCAUCCGAGUUCUCCCCAGGAUAGAAACCCGUGGCCUGAGCCCAAAGGAUGUCCCGGAGCUGACAGAGACUGUCCGCAACAUCAUGGUUGAUGUUUUUGCUGAGAUGUCUGCAAAUCCCUGCAGGGAUUGGCCUGCAGAGCUUCCUCUGCUCCCAAGCACUGGGGCCACCAAGGGGACUGACAGCACGUGGCAUGAGGAGGACACUACUGGGACCAGCGAUUAGGCAGAGCUCAUGGGGACAUCAGGGAGGUUGGGUAUCUGGUACCAGGUAGAACUUGCUACACCCUUCUCCAUCUCUUGUGGUGUGGUUCACCCAUGGGCUUGUUGCCCAGGGUCCUACCGGUCAUGCUGUCCUCAUGCAUCCAGCCAUGAGGAGG